CGCCCCCGCCUCAGCCUCGGGCUGCGCGUGGGGAGCCCGGGAUGGGACUCGGGGGCGGCCGCGGCUCGCGCAGCGCUGCCCGGGCACAGGCGCGGAGAGGACGGCCAGGGGCGCCCGCGGGCCCGCGCCCCGCCUCGGCGGCUGCAGCCUCGGCCCUCCUCCUGAAAAUGGGCAACAUGCUGGCGGGCUGCUUGCUGCUGCUGCUCCUGGGACAGAUGCUCGUGCACCCCGCUGCGGCCAGACAGCGCCCACACGCCAGGCCCGCAGCCCGGGGCAGAGCCUCGCGGAUCCACGCGCAGACGGCCCUCCUGGAGAGCACCUGUGAGAAUAAACGGGCAGACCUGGUCUUCAUCAUCGACAGCUCCCGCAGCGUCAACACCCAGGACUAUGCGAAGGUCAAGGAGUUCAUCGUGGACAUCCUGCAGUUCCUGGACAUCGGUCCUGACGUCACCCGGGUGGGGCUGCUCCAGUAUGGCAGCACGGUCAAGAACGAGUUCUCCCUCAAGACCUUCAAGAGGAAGUCCGAGGUGGAGCGGGCCGUGAAGAGGAUGCGGCACCUGUCCACGGGCACCAUGACAGGGCUGGCCAUCCAGUAUGCCCUGAAUAUCGCCUUCUCAGAAGCAGAGGGUGCCCGGCCCCUCAGGGAAAACGUGCCACGGGUCAUAAUGAUCGUGACAGACGGGAGGCCACAGGAUUCUGUGGCUGAAGUGGCCGCAAAGGCACGGGACACAGGCAUCCUGAUCUUCGCCAUUGGCGUGGGCCAAGUGGACUUCAACACACUCAAGGCCAUUGGAAGUGAACCCCACGAGGACCAUGUCUUCUUGGUGGCCAACUUCAGCCAGAUAGAGUCGCUGACCUCAGUGUUCCAGAACAAGCUGUGCACUGCCCACAUGUGCAGCAUCCUGGAGCACAACUGUGCCCACUUCUGCAUCAACACGCCCGGCUCGUACGAGUGCAGAUGCAAACAAGGCUACAUUCUCCACGCGGAUCAGAAGACCUGCAGAAUCCAGGACCUGUGUGCCCUGGAGGACCACGCCUGUGAGCAGCUCUGUGUCAACGUGCCCGGCUCCUUCGUCUGCCAGUGCUACAGCGGCUACUCGCUGGCCGAGGACGGGAAGAGAUGUGUGGCUGUGGACUAUUGCGGCUCAGAAGAUCACGGAUGUGAACACAUGUGUGUGAAUGCCGAUGGCUCGUACUUGUGCAAGUGCCGUGAAGGAUUUGCUCUUAACCCAGAUAAAAAAACAUGCACAAAGAUAGACUUCUGCGCCUCGCCUACCCACGGGUGUCAGCAUGAAUGUGUCAACACAGACACAUCCUAUGCUUGCCGCUGCCUGAAAGGCUUUAUGCUGAAUCCAGACAAGAAAACCUGCAGACGAAUCAACUACUGUGCACUGAACAAACCCGGCUGUGAGCACGAGUGUGUCAACACGGAGGAGAGCUACUACUGCCGCUGCCGCCGGGGCUACACCCUGGACCCCAACGGCAGGACCUGCAGCCGAGUGGACCACUGUGCGCAGGACCACGACUGUGAGCAGCUGUGCCUGAACACGGAGGAGUCCUUCGUCUGCCAGUGCUCAGAGGGCUUCCUCAUCAAUGAGGACCUCAAGACUUGCUCCAGGGCGGAUUACUGCCUGCUGAGCGACCAUGGGUGUGAAUACGCCUGCGUCAACACGGACAGAUCCUUCGCCUGUCAGUGUCCUGAGGGCCACGUGCUCCGCAGCGAUGGGAAGACCUGUGCAAAACGGGACCCUUGUGCCGCGGGGGACCAUGGCUGUGAACAUUCGUGUGUAAGCAGCGAAGACUCAUUUGAGUGCCGGUGCUUUGAAGGCUUCCUACUCCGUGACGACGGGAAGACCUGCAAGAGGAAAGACUUCUGCCAGGAUGUGGCCCACGGCUGUGAGCAGGUGUGUGUCAGCAGCGACAAGUCAUACACCUGCAAGUGCUUGGAGGGGUUCAGGCUCGCAGAGGACGGCAAGCGCUGCAAAAGGAAGGACAUCUGCUCUUCGAGCUCUCACGGCUGCGAACACAUCUGCGUGAACAAGGGCGACUCCUAUGUCUGCAGGUGCUCCCCGGGCUUCAUCCUCGCCGAGGAUGGACGGCGCUGUAAGAGAUGCACCGAGGGCCCAGUCGACCUGAUCUUUGUGAUUGACGGAUCCAAGAGCCUUGGUGAAGACAAUUUUGAGAUUGUGAAACAGUUUGUCACCGGAAUCAUAGACUCCUUGGCCAUUUCCCCCAAAGCCGCCCGCGUGGGGCUGCUCCAGUACUCCACGCAGGUGCGCCCCGAGUUCACCCUGCGGAGCUUCCAGUCGGCCAAGGACAUGCGGAAAGCCGUGGCCCAGAUGAAGUACAUGGGCAAGGGCUCCAUGACUGGGCUGGCCCUGAAGCACAUGUUCGAGCGAAGUUUCACCCCAGCGGAGGGCGCUCGGCCCCUAUCUGCGCGUGUGCCCAGAGUGGCCAUCGUGUUCACCGACGGACGGGCCCAGGAUGAUGUCUCCGAGUGGGCCAACAAGGCCAAAGCCCAUGGUAUCGAGAUGUACGCGGUGGGCAUAGGCAAAGCCAUCGAGGAGGAGCUGCAGGAGAUCGCCUCGGAGCCCGCCACCAAGCACCUGUUCUACGCCGAGGACUUCAGCAGCAUGGGCCAGAUCAGCGCGAAGCUCAAACAGGGCAUCUGUGAAGCUCUAGAGGACUCCGAUGGGAGACAGGACUCCCCAGUAGGGGACCUGCCAAAGAGGGGCCACCAGCCAACAGCAUCUGAGCCCGUCACCAUAAAUAUACAAGACCUACUUUCCUGUUCUAAUUUUGCAGUGCAGCAUAGAUAUCUGUUUGAAGAAGACAAUCUUCCCCAGUCUACACAAAAGCUUUCCCACUCCACAAAAUCUUCAGGGAACCUCCUGGAGGAAAAACACGAUCAGUGCAAAUGUGAAAACCUUAUCACGUUCCAGAACCUUGCGAAUGAAGAAGUCAGAAAAUUAACACAGCGCCUAGAAGAAAUGACACAGAGAAUGGAAGCUUUGGAAAAUCGCCUGAGAACCAGAUGAGGCCUGGAGAUGCCGUACCCCUGUACCCCCGUACCCCUGCAUACAACAAGGCGGAGCCCCACAGCCGGGCUGUCAGCAAUUCUGUAUGCUGUGCAGUAAACACAGCCAGUUCUGAGGAAGCUGGUUUCCUACGCGAAGACGAACAGUGCACACUAACUUGUAUAAAUUCAUUUAGGAAACCGAACCCGUGAGAGUUCUCAGGUGAGUGUACCGUGAGGAUAAGCUGCACGAGACGCUCUGGCAUGUCUUCUGGACAGGACCUGCUCCUGCCUCGGCUGGCCUUAGUGCCACCACCUCACCUGAGGGCAGUUUGCAGCCCUCCCUACAGACACGGCCGGCCCAGGAAAGGCUGUUUGGUACUGGACUCUUACCUUGAGAUAUGUAUAUGGAUGCGGAAAAAUCACAGGACAUAUGUACCUGUGUAAUAAGGUCAAUUUUUUAUACAAUAUUAAACUUCAUUUCAGAGAA